AUGGCUCUCGAGGGGAAUGGACCAGUUGUUGGAUCGCGGAUUGCCCACGUCCAAAAUCUGACAUUCCCAGUCCCAUUAACAGAGGUUUCUGGUCUUCCAACCGGAUUCCCUCGUGUGCUCGAAUCUCCUUUGGCAUGGUCCGGAGGACAAUUCACAUGCGAUUCAGAAUAUGUGCUCCGCCUCACGGAGUCCGACUUGAACGAAAUCGAUGGCGCCCUCCAAGAGUUCAAGGAACUCGGUCUGGAUGGUGAUUUGGUUUCAACUCAAAACUUCCAACUCCCCGCCCUUGGGUUGAAGCUUUUCGAGUUGCGCCGAGAUAUCUACUGUGGCAAGGGUUUCGGGUUGAUCCGUGGGUUAAAUCCCCAGCGCUAUUCAGUUGAAGAUUUGACCACCAUCUACCUGGGAAUCCAAUGUUACAUUGCCAACCGUCAAGGGCGGCAGGACAAGAAGGGGAACAUGCUGGUUCACAUUAUCGCGGACAACUCAACCAGGAUGAAGGCCACACACCAUCGCCACUCCACUGCCCCGAUUACGUUUCAUAAUGAAGAGGCUGGUGAUAUUGUAAGCUGGCUUACGAGAAGCACAGCGGCAUCGGGUGGAAAGUGUAUUAUUGCUUCUUCUUACACGGUUUACAACGCACUUGCAACCACGCGUCCUGACUUGGUUCGCAUACUCGCGCGGUCCGACUGGCCAUUCGCAUUGCCGCAAUUUCAAUGCCGCCCUGUUAUGUUCAAUCACGAAGGCAGGGUAAUCACCAACUUUGGAAGAGCCGCCCUACUGGGCAGCGCAAGCCACAUUCGACCUGAUCGUCUCCCCAAGGUGAACGGUGCGCAAAUCGAGGCUCUGGACGCCAUCGAGGCGAUUGCAAAGGCAACUCAGCUUGAAAUUAGUACUCAGGCUGGGGAUAUUCACUUCAUCAAUAACUUGGCUAUCCUCCACCGGCGGGAAGGUUUCGUCGACGGCAGCUCAACGACAGAGAAGCGGCACCUUGUCCGAAUGCGACUUCGCGAUGAUGAAAUUGGAUGGAGCAUCCCGGACGAGCUCAAAGACGAAUGGCACAAGGCCUUUAAUCCGAAUCUAAACCGCGUGUGGCAUCUUGAGCCGAUGCCAGAUGGCUUCUUUCCUCUGCGGUCGCAAACAAACUGA